UUGAUCCACGGGGGCUUCCGGGCGCUGCGCACUCAACAGAUGUUCCUCUGUGCUGUCGGAUCCGCGUUCACCUCGCUCCUCCGCACUCCCAGGCCCGCAGUGGUGGCCGCCAUGAGCACUGGCACCUUCGUCGUGUCGCAGCCGCUCAACUACCGCGGCGGGGCCCGUGUGGAGCCGGUGGACGCCUCCGGCACGGAAAAGGCGUUCGAGCCGGCCACGGGCCGAGUGAUAGCUACCUUUGCAUGUUCAGGAGAAAAGGAAGUAAAUUUGGCUGUUGAAAAUGCAAAGGCUGCCUUUAAAAUCUGGAGUAAGAAAUGCGGCAUGGAGCGUUCCCAAGUCCUCCUAGAGGCUGCCCGGAUAAUAAAGGAGCGGAAGAAUGAAAUUGCCACUGUGGAAACCAUCAACAAUGGAAAGUCCAUAUUUGAGGCCCGCCUGGAUGUGGACACUUGCUGGCAGUGCCUGGAGUACUAUGCAGGCCUGGCUGCAUCCAUGGCAGGCGAGCACAUCCAGCUCUCAGGAGGGUCCUUCGGCUACACCAGGAGAGAGCCGCUUGGAGUGUGUGUGGGGAUAGGAGCAUGGAACUACCCCUUCCAGAUUGCCUGUUGGAAGUCGGCUCCAGCUUUGGCGUGUGGUAAUGCCAUGAUCUUCAAGCCUUCUCCUUUCACGCCCGUGUCUGCUCUGCUCCUGGCUGAGAUCUACACCAAAGCCGGUGUGCCUCCUGGGCUCUUCAAUGUGGUACAAGGUGGGGCUGCCACGGGCCAGUUUCUGUGCCAGCAUCCUGACGUUGCCAAAGUCUCCUUCACUGGAAGUGUGCCAACUGGCAUGAAGAUCAUGGAGUUGUCAGCUAAAGGAAUCAAGCCCGUUACUUUGGAACUUGGGGGCAAAUCUCCUCUCAUCAUCUUCUCAGACUGUAAUAUGGAGAAUGCUGUGAAGGGGGCCCUGAUGGCCAACUUCCUCACGCAAGGCCAGGUUUGCUGUAAUGGCACCAGAGUGUUUGUGCAAAAGGAAAUUGCUGACAGAUUUAUAGAAGAAGUUGUGAAGCAGACUCAAAAGAUAAAACUUGGAGACCCCCUUCUGGAAGAUACAAGGAUGGGCCCGCUCAUCAAUGGCCCCCACCUGGAACGAGUCCUCGGGUUUGUGAAGUCGGCAAAGGAGCAGGGUGCCACGGUGCUGUGUGGCGGAGACCCAUACGUGCCGGAGGAUCCGAAGUUGAAACAGGGAUAUUACAUGACACCUUGCGUUUUAACUAAUUGCACAGAUGACAUGACCUGUGUAAAAGAAGAGAUCUUUGGACCAGUUAUGUCCAUCUUACAAUUUGAAACUGAAGCUGAAGUUCUGGAGCGGGCCAACGAUACAAAUUUUGGGCUAGCAGCGGGUGUCUUUACCAGGGACAUCCAGCGGGCUCACAGGGUGGCAGCUGAGCUUCAGGCCGGAACAUGCUACAUUAACAACUAUAACGUCAGCCCAGUGGAGCUGCCCUUUGGUGGAUAUAAGAAGUCAGGAUUUGGCAGAGAGAAUGGCCGUGUGACGAUCGAGUACUAUUCACAGCUAAAGACAGUGUGUGUGGAGAUGGGUGACGUGGAGUCGGUCUUUUGAAAGCCAGUGAAGCCGGUUCCCUGGGCCAGACUGUAGAGUGAGCUGGCCGCCUCGACAGGCAGUCUAAGUGCAGAGCUUCUUACAUCCAGGCUUUCCGUUGAAAGAAUGGGUCAGCUUCGUCCUCCAUCUUGCAGUCACCUUCCCAGUUGAAAAUGUGCACAAGUGCCUUUCAGACGCCACGCAGGGAGCCCGUUUUUCCAGCCAGGGUCUGUGAUAGCUGGAAACGCAGUGGACUCCAUCAGACACAGGCAGCCACAGCUCUGCCCGCACACACUCGUCCCACCAACAAUGACAACUUUCUAGUUUGCUUUAAAGAAUGCCUCCCUUUUUGGGUUCCUGAUGAAUCAGUAACAUAUUUUCUAUGUUCAGUGACAACUGAAAAAAAAUUCUUAAAGCUUUUAUUUGGAGACAGAGAAGCCUUAAUACUUGUGGAAAGUGUCAAUUUUUUUUUUUUUUUUUUGGCAUUUAGAAAGCUAUGUUCUUUCUUGUGGCAGCCAGAGUGGAUUUGAUUUAGCCAAAAUGGAGUGCGUAUUUGGUGCUGAGCUUGAGCAGUGGUCUCUGGUAACUAAAGUUUUGCCUUCUGACUUUGGCAGUCAGUCAGCUUCUGAAAGACUGACCUUGGCAAGCUUUGCAUUAGGGAGCUCUGUUCCUGGGAACAAGAUAACUAAGCUCCGAGCUACCCUGGGAGCCAGAUAUCAGGUUUCGUGCAACCUUGAGUGAAUCCUUGGCUGGGCUGCCAGCUGACGCAGAUGGAUGUUACAGUGAAGAAAGUUCCUUGUUCUCUCCUGCUUUUAUAUGGCUGACACUCCCUUUAAUAAAUUGGCACCUUGAUCAAUGA